AAUUAAAACAUUUUUUGUUAAAUUUCCAGUACCGUUGAAAUGAUUCCUAAAUUUGCAUACAUUUUGUUGUUUCUGGGCCUUUCGGUCUGCCACAUAUGUGCCCACUUAAGGCCAAUAAUCGAGGCGAAGGUGAGCAUUAUACCCAUCAGUCUGCAACUCUCCCGCAAACUGAACAUAUCUGUUGGCUACGAAUAUCACCAAACAAUGCUUUGGGUUGCAAUCGUGAAUUCAAUGCUGAUGGUCUUUGGCUUCUGGCGUUGUCAACACGAAGCGGACAAGGCGCUUCACCAAAAACACAAUAUUGGCGCCAACAAGAAGUUAACUGCAGCAGCAGCGAAGGUGAAGCCAAUUUGCCAAAGCAAGACUCCUUCCAGCUGGCAACUGUUUCCGUUGCGCUACUUUGUUUUGUGUGCUGUGCCUUGGCUGACCACACUACUGCUUAAUUUAAUAUUGAAUUAUUCACAACUGAAUAUGGUUCUCGGACACUUCUGCACAUCACCGUGGGAGGUGUUGGCUCUCUAUGGACGGGUUCAGAUGCUCUAUCUGCAACGUUUGCUCGCCAGCAUUGCUGCACCUUCUUCUGGCACCUUUAAGUCCAUAUUUGCAGCACAUACAGGCCAAUUUACCUUCGAAAACAAUCUGUUGGUCGGAGAAGAUUGAAUGAUUGAAUGGACUACAAUGUUGCAGUCGAAUAAUUAAUUUCGCAUUUAAUAUUUUGUUAGUUUUUGAACAGAG